CUUGGCGGUCUGCGGGGGAGAUCAGAGGGAGGGACGCUCGUAGAAACCGUGACACGCUAGCUUCAGCAGAGUAGCUGCAAGGCAAUUACAGCAGAGACGUAUCGAGGGAGGGUGGCGACCGAAACUAAUCAAAAAAGGCCGUCCAGCACCUGAACCAUCAAUCGGCUGUACGAGGAAAGGCGAUCAAUCUGCCUGCGGUUAACCUUCGGAAGAAACGCGGAAGUGUAAUUCAACGUCAACGUGUUUUUUUUUGUUGUUUUUUUUUUUUUAGUGACUUAUUAUCAUCGGUGACAACAUGGCUGAAUGUAACGUUAGCAUCGACAAGAAUAAACUACCUGGAGUGAAAGAGGUGUGCCGAGACUUUGCUGUGUUGGAGGACCACUGCCUGGCCUACAACCUCCAGGAGCAAGAAAUUGAGAGCCACUUGGCGUCCAACGUCAAUAAGAGCCGUCUGGUGCAGAAGGACCUGCAGGUGGCCAAGAAGCUGCAGGAGGAGGAGGAUAAGAGGGCCAAGGUCCAGAGCCAGAAACAGUUUGUUGAGCUGGACCUCAGUGAGCGCCAAGACAAUGAGAUCGCACAGGAGAUUCAGGAAGAACUGGUCCGACAGGCAGAACAGCAGCGACAGCAGGAAGAGAAGGAUGCGGCCAUCGCUCGCAAGCUGCAGGAGAGGGAGAUGAAAGAGGAAAGGAAGCGACAGAAGCAGCUGGAAGCAAACUUUGACGAGGAGUACUUCGAGGAUCAUGGAGCUGCUGCAAGAAGACCCCUUGACUUAGACAAACCCACCCGUCACAAAUCCACAUCCCCAGGCCGUUACGAUGCACAUGCUCCAGUGAGCUCACGUCGUGAUUACUCCCCAGAUUAUAGCUCCUUAGAGCCCAAAAGGAGCAGGUACCCAAGACAGGACCCCGCAGCACCCCACAGCCGCUCCAGAUACCCUGAGCACUACCUAGUGGGAGAAGGAGGGCGGAGCAAGCAUGCAGAUCCGUACCCAGAGCAUCUGCUGCCCUCCAGAGGGAAGCACUGGGACAGGUAUCCAGAUUAUGAGCCCACAGAGACUGGCAGAGCAAGGGGCCCAUGGGGAGAGGAACCCGAGACAGUGGUGAGGAGGAAGGAGAGACCAGCCAGACCACCUCCACCGCAGAGCCCCAUAGAGAGAGACAAGGACUGGGAGAGGGACAGGGACAGGCAACGAGACAGAGUUCAGGGAAGAGGCAUAGAAUCUGAGAGGCAGAUGUUAAAAGACCAGAGGAAAGACAGGGAGCAGGACUAUAGAAGGCGAGAGAGAAGAGAUGGGGAAAGAUCCAGAGACCGAGUACAGAGUGGGGACAGAUACAGAGAAACGGACAGGCAGAGACAGAAGGAGAACGAUAGAGGCAGACAACGAGCAAGAGCCAGGAGCAUGGAGAGGGGACUUGAAGAAGAUCCGAGGCCCAGCAGAGACUGGCCGAGGGAGGGCAGGGCUUCUUUGGAGGAGGAGUGGGAUGACGGUGAGAGGGAGAGGAGGGCGAGGGGCCGGCAGCACUUCAACUCAGGUGCUGAAGAGGUGUUUGAGGAGCUCAGGAGCAACGAAGGGAGAGGGGACAGCAGACAGUGGGAGGGUCCCAGCAGAAAACGGAGUGACACUCACCCCGACGAAGAGACAGGACGUAUUGUGCACAAAGGGAGUGGAGCGGUAGUAGCAGAAACUGAGUUCAAAUUGAGCGAGGCCACCAAGGGGUUGACAAACCUUGAUCUCCGUGAGCUGGAGCUGAAGGACAUGGAGGUGGCCAGGAAACUGCAAGAGGAAGAAAUCAAAGCGAGCAAGUUGCAUGUGCGUGCCGCCCAAGUGGCGCAGGAUGAGGAAAUCGCUCGGCUCAUGAUGGAACAAGAGAAAAGGGAAUACAAAAAGAAUCGAGAACGGGAGCACGAGAGAGAGCGGGAGAAAGAGAAGGAGCGAGAGAGGGAGAGGUUGGCCAUGGAGAGGAUGGCGAUGGAAAGGAGGCGGCAAGAGGGAGACUACAGGCCAAGCUCGGAGGAAGUCGUCCGGCCCAGAACACGAGACGAGUAUGAUUACCAGAGGCAGAGGAACCACAAUAAGCCUGCCAGGCCUCCUCAGCCUCGAGCGCACGAUUAUGAGAAUGUGAACUCUGGCUACGGCUACUCGGAUCAUCCUGUUCCCCCUCGGGCUCCUGCCAGACCUGAGGCUGCUUACAAAGGUGCCUAUUACAAGCGGUGACUCAGGCUCUCUACCAUGUGCAGACAUGUUGUCAGUCCUCCUUCGUCCUCUUAUUUUUAUUAUUUAUCUUUUUGUUCUCAGCCAUUCACACUCUUUUGACCAAAAGCCUUGGGACAAUCUAAUGAGUUGGCAAUGGGAUUUUUUUUUUUUUUUUAAUACCCUCCAAAGUUGGGCCCAGAGUUAAAGAAGUGGGUCUCUGAGUGCUGGAACCACAGUAAUCGUCAUCAUCCUCCUCCUCCUCCUCCUCCUCAUCAUUAUCAUCAUCAUCAUCAUCAUCAUCAUCCUUUUUUUUUAUAGUGAUUUCAAAUUGUUAUUUCUUUUUAACUGACUCAACAUCAAGACAAGCUAAAAUCUGCACCUUGUGACAUAAACUCCCCUGAUUCUCAGCUGUUGAAAUCAAGGAACCGCCUCCUAACCUGCUGUGGUCGUCGUGUGCCGAUGUUCGUCCCCUCGGUGGACCACGCCGUCACAAGGGCUCAAGGCCUCCGCUGGAUAUAACCAUGCAAUCUCCAAUUUCCUCAUGACUCUUCAUGGGACGUGCCUGUCUGCGCCAACAUGGCUGCUACAGUGUCUUAGGUACCAACAUGGCAGCUGCUUUGUACACCCCUGCUGCAGUUCUGUUCUGUUGUCGCGUCGUGCAACGAGGCCACACAGGCCCGUUCCACACAGUGUUCGACUCUGGGGGGGGGAAACAUUUCUGUUGCUGUAUUCACACAAAACAUAUAAAAUAAGCCUUUAUCAAGAUGCUGGUGGUUUUGGCUCUGACGUGUUUGCAACCUUGUUCCCAUGCAGAGGGAGGUGGAGCUUUGUGAUGAUCCAUUGGACAUUUAAUUGGCUGCUUGUUUUCUCUGCUUGUGCGUGGCACUUUCUUUUCUUCUCUUUUCUUUUCUAACCCCAUCACCCUCAAACUGAAAGCAGAUGGAUGAUAUUCUGUGUAAGACUCAUUGUUUCUAUGUGCAUGCUUACUGAAAGUAUACAACUGUGUACAUGCAUUUCAGCUGUAAAUGAUCUGGCUCCCUCUUUAUCGUCAGAAAGGGCUAAAGCCACAAAAAGCAAAUAGUCUUCUUUUUGUGAAUGAAGCUUAUAUACUACUGUACUAUGUAUCACUUUUCUGUCACAAUUUCAUAUCGGCUUGUCAUUUACAAACCAAAACUGGACCAUAAAAGAACCAGUACCAAAAUGAAAUGCAUGUACAUUGCUUGUCUGUGUUCAUGCUUGUGCUUAACGCACAGACAUAGUGCGGUUGAAAAAUGUUUUAGUUUUAUUUGAUUGUAAAUAUCCUGUUUUUUUUUUGUUCUGUUUUGUUUUUUUAACUUGUGUUACCAAAUCAUGUUCCCCAUUGUGGAAAAUACAAAAUCCUCUCUUCAGUCCAGUUAUCUUGUGUCCUGCUCGUUAUCUUUGCUCAGAAAAGGGAGCCUUAUAUUUUAUUUUUUAUACAAUAUUUUAUUGAUUUUUCCUCAGAUUGUUCUGUUCAUUUUCCGCUCCCUCAAGCUUUCCUGCUGUCACUUCCAGUCCUCUUCUCUCUGUCUCAAACUUGAAGGCAGACAUUACUUCCUGCCUGCAGAAAAAGCAAACAUUCCCACAAUAGUCGUGCAUUUGGAUGGAGGGAAAGCAGUCACAUGAUCACAGGAUGUAAAUUAUAAAUCACUGUUCAAAGGGACCUAUUUCAGUGUGUUUACUCUUCUAAGAUACAAUACUUUCUGUUCAUAUUGAAUGAGAAUGAUAAAGGAAAAUGAAAAGCACAUUCAGACUUUUGAGUUUAAGGAAAAUAUUAAUUUUGGCCAUGAAGUGAGUCACUUCACUUUAGUGAACAUCCAGCGCUGCUUUCAGGUUCUCAUGUUGUAAUAGAAGAUCCUGAAGUGCUUCCAAAAUGAUUCCCUCCAUGUCCAGAGAAAAUUAGCAGAGUGAAAUAUGUUCGUUGACGAGGAUAAACCCGCCGGUGUUAUUGAACUAUAAUAUGUGCUUAUUGCUGUUGACCAGAUGAGAUUUGUGCCAUACGUUUGUAAUUUUUUCAGGGACUUGGAAAUGGGGAAAGCUCAUAGAGUUGUUGUGGUUGUAGCAGAGCUGCCACACCCGCCAAGAUGGGACUCUUAAUUUAUUCUUUGGUGAGAGCGCCACCCUGUGGACAUGUCGACAAAUGAAGAGAAGUGUAGAAAAUUGAUCAGGAUGCGUCUUUGUGUAUUUGUGGAUGUUGUGCGUCAGACGUUACGUUGGAAUCGAGUGCUGUCUACAUCGGGGGGGAAAAAAACAUCAAGUGUUAACGUUUUUAAUUUUCUUUAAUCCAGGGCUUGUAUGCAAUCUACCAAUCAUGAUCCAACACGUGUGUGUGUGUGUGUGUGCGCUGGAACUUGCUGUAACUGAACUUUUUUUAAAGUGAAACGAAUUAACAAGUUGCUUUUACCUAUAGCAUCUCAAAAUGUAAUAAAGUGUAUCAGCAUUUC